AUGGCCAUUCUAUAUCUCAUUCUCCUAUCCCGUCAGGGCAAAGUGCGUCUUGCCAAAUGGUUCACAACACUCUCCCCCAAGGACAAGGCCAAGAUCGUCAAGGAUGUAUCUCAGCUUGUGCUCGCUCGAAGAACGCGCAUGUGCAACUUUCUAGAAUAUAAGGAUACAAAGAUUGUCUAUCGCCGAUAUGCAUCACUCUUCUUCAUCGCCGGAUGCUCCUCCGAAGAUAACGAGCUGAUCACCCUCGAAAUUAUCCACCGAUAUGUCGAGCAGAUGGACAAGUACUACGGCAACGUUUGCGAGCUUGACAUCAUCUUCUCUUUCACUAAGGCAUACUAUAUCCUCGACGAAAUCCUCCUCGCCGGCGAGCUGCAGGAAACGAGCAAAAAGAAUGUUCUUCGCUGCAUCGGCCAGCAGGACUCCCUUGAAGAUAUGGAGGUCGAGGACGAAGUUACAAAGAUCAUGUAA